UUUCAGCAGAAAAGUCUUUUUUUAGAUUUAGGGUUAGCAGAGCAAAAAUGAGCCGUUAUUAGUUUUCAUUCAAGGGUUUUUGAGAUGGAGCAGAUGAUAUUCAUUAGAAAAGACGACAAAGUAGAAGUUUUUUCUGAAGAAGAAGAGUUAAAAGGGUCUUAUUACAGAGCGAUUCUGGAAGAUAAUCCAACGAAAUCAGGACACAAUAAGCUUAAAGUUCGUUACUUGACGCAGCUCAAUGAACACCGUUUGGCUCCUUUAACGGAAUUCGUCGAUCAGAGGUUCAUUCGUCCUGUCCCGUCGGAGGAUGUGAACGACGGCGUCGUUUUUGUAGAAGGCUUGAUGGUCGACGCUUAUCUCAAAGAUGGGUGGUGGACUGGUGUGGUGGUAAAAACAAUGGAGGAUGAGAAGUUUUUGGUUUACUUCGAUUGCCCACCAGACAUUAUUCAGUUUGAGAAAAAGAAAUUGAGGGUUCAUCUUGAUUGGACCGGCUUCAAAUGGAUCCGACCUGAUAAUAAGGAAUUGGUCAAGUCUGUUUUUAGUUGCGGGACAAUGGUGGAAUUGAGAUUUGAUUGUGCUUGGAUUCCGGUAAUUGUCAUUAAGGAGUUGGAGAAGGACAAGAGGUUUCUUGUCAAGUACUGGAAUAAGUCCUAUAGCUGCCGGGAAUCGAAAAAUUUAAUUGUUGAUUCCCUAAGACUAAGGCCUAUGCAGCCUCCUUUAUCUGUUGGAAAGUAUGAAUUGCUGGAUCAUGUAGAGGCGUUUAGUGGUUUUGAAUGGCGUCAAGGUGUGGUCAGGGGAAUUGUCUUUGAGGGAAGGUACAUGGUAAGUUUCGGGGCAACAAAGGAGGCAUCGCAAUUUAAUCACUCUGAUAUUAGGCCUCCAAUGGAGUGGGAAGAUGGAGUUUGGCAUAAAAGAACAAAGCCAAAACGCCAGAAAGAAACUUCUUUAGACGGCAACAGAAAUGUGCAGACAAAGGAACCACCGGGAAAUGAGAUGGCUGAUGAUGUGAAAAAAGAAUCUGGUUUACCUAUAACCCUGGGGGUAACUGCAACAAAGAACAAAACCCAAGGAAAGGUAUCCCCUGUGCCAAUGAAGAAUGGCUUUGGAAAUGAGUCAACUCGAGAGAAGAUGCCUGAGGAGCCUAAGAUCAAAUAUUAUACUCGAAAGAGGAAAAGAGGAGGUCUAAAGCUCAAUUCAUACAUCAAUAAGACUGUGUUAUCCUCGGAUCGGACCCCCAAUGUGGUGAAGAAUUCUGCUUCUAAUGCUGAGGAAAACCAUGCAAAACACACAAUAAUGGUUUUGCCUUUUGCAAAGAAGUCACCGGUCUGGAAGACUUAUGAAUCACUGGAGGUCUUCAAAAGUGUAUCACACAGUCUUCAUUUCAGCCCAUUGUUUGAGACUAAGCAAGAUUUCCGUGAAGGGUAUGCAAUAGGUAUGAUGGUGACUUAUUUUGGGUUACUGGAGAAAUUUAAAGAUCUUGAAGCCGACGUUCCUGUAAGCCAACUAAAUAGCCUUAAAGAUUCAUUUUCGGAGCUCGAGAAACAUGGCUUCAAUGUUACAACUCCAUUAUCACGGAUCGACAAGCUGUUAGCACUCAAAGAUAGACAACUAUAUAUAAUGGAGGAACUAAAAGGUUUUGACAAGGAGAUGACAAAUGAAUUUAGCAAGGCUAAACAAGAGUUUGAUGACAUGGAACAAAAGAUUCUUGAGGUGAAACACAAGAUUAUCGAGCUGCAGAGGCAAGAAGCUGCUCUAAAAGAACAAAAGGAAGCAGAAAAAGAACAGAAAGAUGCAGCCUGGAAAAAGAUAUGUCAGAUGGAGUCAUGUGCAAAAGAUCUCAAUGUAGAGCUUGAAGAUGUGGAGUUUGAGUUUGAGACAAUUUUGUCGGCUCCUUGGUAAGUUAAGAAAAACAAACCUAUGGUGAGCACUUUCUAAGUUGAUUUAAAGAUUUUUAUGAGAUCAUUAUUAAUAUGGUUGGUUAGUGGUUGAUAAAAGUCGGGUUAUGUAGAGAAGAAAUGA